AUGGCCGAGUCGGCGUUAGCUGCGGCCAGUGCCGUUCCUGCCGCGACAGAUAUAAAACAAGAAAACGACCCGACUGGCUUGGAGGGCCUCGACUUUGCACUGCCGCCAGAGCUCGCCUCGAAACGACCAUUCGAAGAUGUCAGCACCACUACCGCGGCACCAGAGGCCAAACGAGCAAAGACGGAGACUGAAACGGAAGAAGCUUCACUUGAGGAUGGGUUGGCACUAUUGGUACAGAAUGCGCUGUCAAAUGUUGGCGAUCUAGUCGAUCAAUUUACGAGUGGCAACCAUUCGUUACCAGAACCACCCGCAUCUGAUCCUAUGGAACUGGACACGGCUAUACCGCUGCCUGAGCCGCCUAUUGUUCUAGCGACAUUUGCAUCAGAUCCCCAAAAGUACAUUCGCGACGCCAAUGUCCAUGCGCUAGGCAAUCUCGCCUUGUCGCUCUUGCUUAUUCUCGUACAACCGCCGUUCGAAGAUACCAUCAAGCUAGUUCGAGGCUCAGCAUCACAACACCAACAAUCAUAUCGCAAGCUAAAAGGCUCGUUCGAGCACGUCCGCGAACUGUACUCAACAGGACCAGUCUUAUCCGCCGAUCAACUUGAAUUACGAGAUUUUGAUUCCAGAACCUUUAUCGAACUAGCAAACCUUGCGCAGUUGGGCUCAUGGUUGGUUGAUGGAACGCCCAAAGCACUCUCUGAAGCCGACGAAAAUUUUCUGGCAAUGUUCCAGUGCCAGCUAUCCGACCUGCCUGCUGGAAUGACGGAACUGUAUUUGGGCAUCAAGACUCAAAGAGCGAUUGAAUUUCUCGUUGAGAAGGAGCCGGAAAAGCCAUCGGAGGAGGUUAUUGGAGAGGUUUUGACACAAGGUCUUGAAGAUGCGUUGAAAGAACAACACGGUGGCGGGGAGUUGACGACUGCGGACCAAAGCUUUGUGUCUUCGGUGCAAACAAGGAAAGAGACCUUGCAAGGGGAGGUAAAGGAACAGUCGGAGCCAGCUGCACUUCGAGAUAAACAUCCCGCGGAAGACCUUUUGAGAAGCUACUUGGAAUACGCCGCCGACCGACUGAAAUCAUUGACAGAUUUGGGUAGCAGAUUAGGAGUUACGAUAGAGCUCAGCAGUGGCGAACCGCAACCAGAAGUCAUCGAGGACGCGUCUGGCGAGGCCGAUUUGGAUCUGGACGAUUUAUCUUCCUUCUUCGAGAAGACGGCUUCUGGCCUUGUCCAGAAUGCCUUGGCGGGAUUGUCAGAGGAGCCUCCCGAGGCGAUCCCAGCAGCGGGCGGAGAGGCAGCAGCGCAAGCUUCAAACGCUGAGAAUAAGACAGAAACCGCUCCGGCACAUACCAACGGCAAGAUUGAUCUGAUGACGGACUACAAGGAGCUGGAGGCUCUUGUUGCGGAGAGCACAUCAAACUAUGUAAAGACGACGCUUCACGGACUCUCACCCGUUCCCUACCAACCCACCGUCCCUACCAGUACCACCGAGAGCAUGGCCGCUCAAUUACCCUACCUUACGCAACUGCAACACCAUCAAGCGCAACAUCCAUACUACACCUAUACACAACCACCCCCAGAGCCGCAACAACCGCCAGCUCCUGGUGAAAACCUGCCGCCCAACCAGACGUUCCCUAGUGCGAUACUGUACGACAAGGCGCGGCAAGCUGCCCUCUCGAAGUCCUCUGCUCACACUAGAAGGGAGGGACUUCACUCAACUCGUCGACCUUGGACUCAGGAAGAAGAGAAGGCGCUCAUGGCUGGCCUCGACAUGGUCAAGGGACCGCAUUGGAGCCAGAUCUUGACGCUGUUUGGUCAGAAUGGCACAAUAUCAGAUAUACUCAAGGACAGAACGCAGGUGCAGCUCAAAGAUAAAGCCAGGAAUCUCAAGCUCUUCUUCUUGAAGACUAAUUCUGAGAUGCCGUAUUACCUCCAAGCUGUGACGGGCGAGCUCAAGACCCGAGCACCAACGCAAGCUGCGAGGAAGGAGGCCGAGGAGAGAGCCAGGCUGAACUCGGAGGAAGACCAGGCCAAACUCCAAGGGAUCAUGGCUCUGGCAGGCGGUCUGCAACAUCCUCCUCAUGGUCGGACUUCAGCCAGCCCUGCCAGUGCUGUUGGAUCGGGAGUCGUGACGCCGGCGCAGGCAGCUCAAGCUCACGCGGCUUCGGCCCCUGCGCAGCAUCAUGUCGGGCAUCAAGGUCAUGGAGCAGGACAAGCAGGCCAUGCAACGACGAUGCCUCGGCCGCUGGUGACACCGGCAUCUCAAAUUCGCCCAGGUGUCCAGACUAACUCGCAGCAAUUGUUGCACUCUGUUGCUCAAGCUCAAGCUCAGGCACAUGCUCGUCCUCAAGCGCAGCUGCCACCGCAGGUUCCUCGACCGCAAGGCCAGCCACAGCAUCAGCAGCAACUUCAACAUCAACAUCAACAGCAGCAGCAGAGACAGCCUCAUCCUCAGCCGACGCCGCAACACACACAACCGCAGCCACAGGCGCAACAAGCCCAGCCAACGCAGCAACAUCAAGCUCAGCAGCCAACACGUACACCUCCUACACCACAGGCGGCACCAAACGCACAAGCGCAAACAAACACAGCUGCAGCCCAGCAGCAGCAACAUCAUCCUCCAGCAGCAACAACAUCUACCAACGCAAGCACGCCGGCUACGGCUGCAGCUACGGCGCCGCCUCAACCCACGGCCUCAGCUACACCGGUGCAGCCACCGCAAGCAGCUCAACCCGUCAAGCAAACGCCGCCUGUCCCGACGCCUUCACCAGCACCUCCAACUCCGCAGACGCCUUCUCUUCCUCAGGCGUCUCCGCCCCAGGCGGCACCAAAGCCAGACGGACCGACAAACCAGGAGCAAGACGACAAUGCCGCAGAGGCAGCUCUCCUCGAGGGCCUGCAAGCCGUUGUAGCACAAAGUCUUGCCUCGUCAUGA